CCCACCCGAAGCCACCCGAAGCCUUUCCGAACGCAACCGAGCCCACCCGAGGCGGCCGAACCCACCCGAAGAGGCCGAACCCACCCGAAGCCUUCCCGAGCCCACCCGAAGCAGCCGAACCCACCCGAAGCCUUCCCGAGCCUCUCCGAGCCCACCCGAAGCAGCCGAACCCACCCGAAGCUUUCCCGAGCCCACCCGAAACCUCUCCGAGUCCCCCCGAAGCGGAGCCGAGGCGUUGCCGAAGCCGCUCCGAGCGCACCCGAGGCGGGCGCCGGUGGCCGCGGUGGCCCCGGUGGCCCCGGCGGUGGCCCCGGGAUGGUGGCGGCCCCUCCGGCCGCCGCCGCCGCCAUGCGCCGGGGGUUCCUGGUGCCCGAGAUCCGCCCGCUGGACCAGUACGACGGGGCCCGGGCUCGCAGCGCCGCCAGCCUGGCCUGGGCCAUCGCCACCGGCUACGGCGGCGCCGGGAACGUCCCCGAGGAGCUGCGGGACCCUUUCUACACCGACCAGUACGCGCAGGAGCACCUGAAGCCGCCGGUCGAGCGCCUCCUGCUGGCCGCCGACAUCUACUGCAGGGCCUGGAGCCACGCCCUGGCCACGCCCCCCGGGGCCACGCCCCGCCCCGAGCCCCCUCCCCAGGAUUUGGGGGCGCUGCUGGCGCUGCUGGCGGGGAGGGGGAUCCCCCCCACCCUGCAGGGGGUCCCGGUGCGAGCCCAGGACCUGCAGCAGAGACCCAUCCGGAUGGGCGCCCACCUGGCUCUGAUCGAUUCCCUCAUGGCCGCCUUCGUCACCGAGGCCACCCGAAAUUUGGGGACCCCCCCGGGAGCCCCCCCGGGACCCCAAGCCUGGGAACCCAAAAUUUUGGCUUGGUUGGAGACGGUGAACCGGAAGCUGCAGGAGAGCAGCGAGAAGGAGGGGGGGGGGACGGCCCCGAAUUUGGGGGUCCCCGAGAGCUCCACGGCCGCCCCGGGGUGCAGCCACAAGUGUCCCACCCGCUGGUACUGGAAGUUGGUGCCCCACGCCAUCGCUUUCUGUUUGAAGGAAUCGGGGAAUAAACCUCCGGUGAUUCGGUACCGGAAGGACAAAGGAGCUCCUCCGGCGCCCCCCCCAUUCCCACCUGUGAGGGGUCUGCAGGAUUUAGCCAGCGGGGGGGUCCUGGCGGCCGCCAUCCACUUCUACUGCCCCCAAUCCCUGCGCCUCGAAGAAAUCCGCCUCGGGGCGCCGCUGGCGCUCCCGGACCGGCUGCACAAUCUGGGGCUCGUGCGCGACUUCGGAGCGCGACACCUGCGCACGCGCUGCCCCCUGGCCGUGGAGGACCUGCUCUACAUGGCGCCGGCCCUCAAGUUGAACGUGGGGGCCUUCCUGGCCGAGCUGUUCCUGUGCUUCGAGGUGCUGAGACCCCCCUUUGUCACCCCCCGGCAGCUGGGGGGGGGCUCAGAAUCUCCAGCUGCUGGUGAUGCCCCGAACCCCAAAAGCAGAAUUCUCCCCUGGCUUCAACUUCCGACACCCCCCUGUUGGCAGGGGGGGGGCAACCCCCAGGGCUCCUGCCCCACUCCCCCCUCCCUCCCCCACGGCGACGCCUUCGGGAAGGGCUGGAGCAAGAGACCCCUCAGCCACCCCUUGUCCCAAGCCGUGUCCUUCAGCAUCCCCUUCGGCCUCGACAGCGACGUCGACAUCGUCAUGGGCAACCCCGUGGGGGUCCCCGCCGGGACCCUCGCCCGCUCCGCCAGCUCCGACAGCCUCGCCCCCCCCCGCCGCCCCCCCAGGGCCACCCCUGCCACCCCCCCCGGUGUCCCCAACGGUGUCCCCGAGCCCCCCGAGCCCCCCAGCAUCGAGGAGGCGCUGCAGAUCAUCCACAGCUCCGAGCGCCUCCUCCCCGAUGGAGCCCCCGAUGCUUUUUUCCUUCAUUCCCCAGAUCCUCCCCCUCCUCAAAAUCCUCUUGGGACCCCUCAAAAUCCUCCCGGGACCCCUCAAAAUCCUCCCCAAAAUCCUCCCGGGACCCCCCAAAAUCCUCCCCAAAAUCCACCCCGUCCCAUGACCAGUUUUGCCGAACGUAAAAGAAACUGGAAGAAGCCACCAGUGCCGCCCCUUCCAAUCCUCCUGGGGGUCUCGGCGUCAAUUUGGGGGGGGUCUCCCACUCCCGGGGGUCCCCCAGAAUCGGGCGGGGGUCUCAGCGCUGAGAUGUCGCAAUUGGGAGCUCGUUUGGAGGAGAAACGCCGAGCCAUCGAAGCUCAAAAAAAACGAAUCGAGGCCAUUUUCGCCAAGCACCGCCAGCGCCUGGGGCAAAACGCUUUACAACGCCUCCGCCAAGAUGAGGAGGGGGCUUCUCCCGCCCCUCCCGAGGAGGAAUUGAGUCUGGGGGCUCCUCAAAAACCACCUCAAGCCCCUCCCGGGCAAUACGAAGCUGCCGUGGCCAGGCUGAGCGCGGCGCUGAGCUCGCUGCAGUUGGACAUGCAACGUUUGACGCAGCAACAGGAGCGGCUCCUGCUGGAGCAGAGACCCCACGGAGCCCCCCAAGCUUGGGUGAUCCCCCUCCCCAAAUCCUCCAAGACCCCCUCGGCACCCCCAAAAAACACCCCGGGCUCGCCAGCGCCCACCGGAGGAAGCAACAACAACAAUGCGGGAAAUUCGACACCAGCACCGGCGGCAGGAGGAGGAGGAGGAGGAGGAGGAACCGCUGCUUCUGUCGCGAUAUCAACGGGAGGAAUCGCGACCGGAGGGGCUCGCAAGCCCCCUCCCCGCAGCCCGAGGAGACCCCGGCCCGCGGAGCUGCGGCUGCCGCCCCUGACGCGGGUGCUGACCCCUCCCCACGACGUGGACACGCUGCCUCACCUGCGGCGCUUCUCGCCCAGCCAGGUGCCCGUGCAGACCCGCAGCUCGCUGCGCUUCGCCGACGGCCAGGAGCAGCAGGGGGAGCAGGAGGAGACCCGCAGCUCGCUGCGCUUCGCCGACGGCCAGGAGCAGCAGGAGGAGCAGGAGGAGGAGGGGGAACAAAGGAGCCGCCGGAGCCGCCGCCGCCGCCUCAGGGAGCGCCGGGCCCGCGCCUGCGCGUCCCGCCCCACGCCGCCGCCACGCCCACCGCGCGCGUUCAGCCAAUGGCGCAGCGAGCCGGCGCCGGCGCGGCCAAUGAGAUGCGAGCGAAGGGACGCGCGCGCGGCGGUCAGAGCUCCGCCCACAGCAGGAGCAGCCAAUGGGAACGCGGCGCGCUGCCCCCCUACAGUAAGAGGAAGGAGGGUGGAAGAGGAGGCCACGCCCACCCGCUGUGCGGUAGCCAAUGGGAGGCGAGCUCGGCCGAUUUUCCCCGGUCCCCAGCCCGACUGA